GCCGGACAGGUCAGAGCAGCAAGUCAACUUCGGGCUCUCUGUUCAGGCGCUUCGGAGAUGCAGUUUAUCUCUAAAUUAUCACUUUGGUGCACCAACCCGUCCGUGACUUGUCCGUGACGCCUCAAACUCAUCACCAAUAUGCCUUGAGCUCCAGUCUCUUCUCCAUUGGGAUUGGCUACAUCAUGAGCUAUGUUCUAGGAUUAUCGCUAGCACAUAUUAUCCAACCGUUACCAGAAUUUUUAUCAUAUGAACUGUCUCAAAGGGUGCCUACUGUGUAUGCCACUGAAGUUUUACCAGGAUAUUUUCUUCGUUUACGGCAACUUGAAUGGCAUCAUGAGUGCGCUAUUAGAAAUUGUUCCGCCACAGCCACUAUUCAGGCAACUACUCGGUAUCAUUCCGAAAAAAGUGACGAGUUUCAGGCGUUGAAGACGAUUGUCGACUUCGCAGCCUGGGGAAGGUCAAGGUACACCAGUUUGACAAGGCGAUGUGGCCGUGUUGCGACUAUAGAUCGAGUCAGAUAGGCAUCAUUCGUUGAAUGUCCAAAGAAACCAGUGGCUGGUGCAAAGUUGAUGUGACUAAGGCCCCUGUUUCGGGUGGAUUUGAUGUGGUGGCAGACAAGUGUUCCGAUUAGCCGCCAGAUUGACAAAAUAAACCCUACCGCGAAAACAACGACAGGGGCACGCAAAAAGAACUACAGAGAAUCGAUUUUUUUGACCCGAAUUCUCAGUGCCCUGUGAAGAACCAUUCUUCGCCUUUAUGGGCUGUGUUGUCCCCACUGCAAGAACUUUGCAUCCAUCAACCUAUGUUUCAAAUGGUCCGGUUAUAAUUUCCGGGAAAGAGAGUGUUUCCCGCGCCAACGUGGUGUAUAUUCGUUAAAUAGCCACUAUUGCGACUGAGCCGGGGUAAUCAGCCUUGAAAGUCUUCUAGGCAACCUCUCGCACAGAGUUUAUUGCCAACGCAUUUUACUCUCC